CUCCGCUUUUUCUUUUUGGAUUUUGCCAGUCCAGCAACCUCAUCAACUCUUUUCUCCAGAGAGCAGACUGCCUUCGUCAUGAUGCUCAGAGAAGUAAAACCCAAGAACCCGCGCACGGCGCGCAUUCUGAAGGCCAAAGAGCCUCAACUCAUCGAACCUCCCAAGAAAACUCUUUUGAUGCACGGCUCGAAAUGUCCGAUGCCCCUGCACACCGUUCUCAAGACCUUCCACUCCCUGACCCGGCCAAACUCCGUCCUCUUCCACAAGAAGAAUGAGAACAUCCACCCGUUCGAGAGCACCGAGAACCUCGAGUUUCUGGCCAACAAGAACGAGUGCGGUAUGGUCGUGUUCGGCAGCAGCAACAAGAAGCGUCCCAACUGCGUGACCCUGGCCCGCAUGUUCGAUUCCAAGCUCCUCGACAUGUGCGAGCUGAUGCUCCUCCCCAACCCCGACGGCGAGGAUAUCCCAGCCAUGAACAACCUUACGAUGCAUGUCGGUGUCGGGCUACGACCCUUGAUGCUGUUCUCCGGUAGCGCCUGGGAUGACUCUACGUCGACACCGCACGUCCUGCUCAAGAGCAUGUUUGUGGAUAUGUUCAAGGGCGAGACCUCGGAUAAGAUCGAUGUCGAGGGACUGCAGUAUGCCCUGAUGCUGGGUGCCGAUGAGCCUACCGACGGUCUGGCUCCCGUUAUUCACCUGCGCUGGUACAAAAUCCGGACAAAGCGCAGCGGACACAAGCUCCCCCGCGUGGAACUGGACGAGAUAGGCCCCAAGUUCGAUUUCAAGGUGGGCCGCGUCCAGGAGGCGCCGCGGGACGCCAUGAAGGAGGCCAUGAAGCAGGGCAAGCGACCCAACGAGGAGAUUAAGCUGAAGAAGAACAUCGGCCUGGACUCCAUCGGUGACAAGAUCGGUCGUGUGCACUUGGCCAAGCAAGACCUGGGUGGAUUGCAGACGAGGAAGAUGAAGGGUCUGAAGCGACGGGCUGGUAUGGAAUCCGACGAGGAGCAAGGGGAUGAUGACAUGAUGGAUGUGGAUGAGAUCUCGGAGGAUGAGGGCCACAAGAGGGCCAAGGUAGCAUAGAAGGAUUGACGCUGCGACGCAUAAUUUCUGUUUUAUCUAUUCUUUCCGUUUCGCACCCCGGCGUUUUCGGUGGAUUUGGUCGACUGACACCUCGUUGAGAGAUAUGAAUCUGUUUGUUGAGUUGAUGUUGAUGUGUAUAGACACUACUACCAUAUAAAAAGUUGAUCAUACAAUAUACCAAGUCUAUCCCCAUGUUACUACCACUCUACUAUGUGUC